UCACUUCCCUCAAACUCGGCGUUUGGUUGUGUGUUCGCAUGCGGGUUCAAUAUGCGUAUCGAAAAGUGUUAUUUCUGUUCUGGGCCAAUCUAUCCCGGCCACGGCAUGAUGUUCGUCCGCAAUGAUUGUAAGGUGUUCACAUUCUGUAAAUCCAAAUGUCAUAAAAACUUUAAAAAGAAGCGUAAUCCUCGCAAGGUCAGGUGGACUAAAGCAUUCCGGAAGGCAGCUGGUAAAGAGCUUACAGUGGAUAAUUCAUUUGAAUUUGAAAAAUGUAGAAAUGAACCUGUCAAGUACCAGCGAGAGCUAUGGAAUAAAACUAUUGAUGCAAUGAAGAGAGUCGAAGAAAUUAAACAGAAACGCCAAGCUAAAUUUAUAAUGAACAGGUUAAAGAAAAAUAAAGAACUACAGAAAGUUCAGGACAUCAAAGAGGUCAAGCAAAACAUCCAUCUUAUCCGGGCUCCUCUUGCAGGCAAAGGAAAGCAGCUGGAAGAAAAAAUGGUACUGCAAUUACAACAGGAUGUGGACAUGGAAGAUAUUUCUUAGAAAUCUUCUGUCUGUAACCAUUUCUAUAUGUGCUUUUGAAAAUCUCUUCUUGAGACUUGGAACUUCUAAAGUAUUGCUGUAUUUUUUUUGUGAGGGCACUCAAAUGAAAGGUAAUUAAAAAUACAUUUCUCCUACAUUGCUAUCUAUAAAAUAUCAGAUGUUAUGGAUGUUAGACUGUGUCUCAACUUUAAACCUUCACUGAUAAGUUGUACUAUGUAAAUCAUGAAAAUUCUGUUUGUAAGUAUAGAAGUGAAUUGUGGGCAUAAAAUGGUCAUGUCAUUCGGAUAAUGGCCCUAGGCAGCUUUUAUGUAAUAAGUAAUGACAAAAUUCAUGGCUAAUGAUACAUAAAA